UUCAGGUACAGAUAUUAAACCUUGGAGAUACAUCACAUUCUGAGUAUAGACUUAACUGUCACUCUGCCCAAGCCACGUCCAGUCUUUUUCAUGAAGUGAUAGACUCUUACAGAAAUGAGUUUGUUGAUGAUAAAGGAUGUAUACAACAGUCCUCCAAUAUGCAUGGCAUGUACAUAACUAUGAUGAAAAGGUUGCAGAAUUUAGUUGAAGUUGUAAAAGGUAGUGAAACCACUGUGUCUUCAUUGAAUGAAGAAGUAGAAAAUAGACGAAAGGAACUGGAAGAGUGUCGUAAGGACCUUUCAAGGAAAAAUGCUUCCUACGAAGUGGAUGAAAAACGGCCUCUCCAGCCUAAUUCUCUAUUAAGUGAAUCCAACCAGGAGAAAGAAGAAGCAGAAAGAACUUUUGAAACACAUGGAUCAAAUUUGCCUGGUGAUGAUAACAAAUCUAUAGCUUCUGUUGCAGCUAGUGAUAGUGAAUUGGGAGAGAAAAAUGACCAAGGAAUUUCUGAGGAAAAUACAGAUGCCACUGCAGAAGGAUCACCAAAUCUGAACUCUCCCAGUUUUAACAGAAGGCGGAAACAAAGAACCCCUGCUAGAGUUGUUGUUCGUUAUGUUCAGCCAGUAGUGGCUGACGAUGAUGAUGUCACAGAUGAUGAAACACAGCCAUAUUCUAUAGAGGAUAAAAUUACAGGAAGUGGACCAGACUAUGAAGAAAAACUCUCUCAAAAUCUUGCAAUGGAGACGUCGUCACCAGUUUUCUGACAGCAGGGAAGAUAUUUUAAAGAUUCUUAUGUUGUAUAAACUUUUGAUACAAUAAUACCUUGCAACACAUUUACUGGUCUAAGUUUAUAAUAAUUAUGAAUAGUUAGGCCUUUGUCCAUUAAACAAAUGAAUAUUAUUAUUCUAAAAAUCACAGAGAGAUUGCCACAAACUGUAUUCUUAUGUUUUUUAAGUU